AUGCCGAAACGACACUCCGACGUAUCCACCGCCAUGCUGGCUAUUGAUCAGAUCCCGCCUGCGAAGGUCCAAAAGACAGAACGAUCACACGAGGAAAACCAAGAAAGAGCCUAUAUCGCCGCGUCGAGGCGGGCGGACCGCAGCCUGGAGGCGAGGGUUCAGUCUGCCCGGCAGGCCUCCGAGAUCCACCGCAGACGGACCGGUCGAGGUCUCAAAGUGAGUGAGGAGAUCGUGCUGAAGGAAGAAAUGUACGAGGAGGAAGAGGAUGACCUGCCGCGCCAAUAUAAGUACCUCACCGCCCACCUGCAAACGGGCUCGUCCGACAUGAACCAUCGCGUAAACGCGUUCGUCACCACACAAACCGCUAUGGCCGCCGUCGCUCGGUAUAACGAAGUCAACCGGCUAUUCAGCGAGUCCUUCCCGAGCGCAACGGCGUACCGACAUCGGCCGGCAACUUCGCUGUACAUGGCUCCCCUUGCGAACAACAACGGCGCAUUCUCCCAUAGGCUGUCGGCGUCAGACUCGAGUCCUACCUCUCCGCAUAGCCGAGCCCAAUCAGAACACUCCCAUUUUGGCGGUAGAGACUCGGUUACCACAGUGAGUCCAGUGUCUAAUCCCGCGACCGCCAUGUCGUCGCCAUCGGCGCCGACUCCUGGCUCCACCGGACCUGCCGACGUGCCCGAGCCCAAGCGCGAUCCGUAUCGAACACCCUCUUUCCAGGCCGGCGCCCUCGACCCGCAAAUGGCGCCGCAGUCGGCGCUGUCGUCCGCCUUCACCUCGGAGCUACCCCGUGAGGUGAAGAUGAUGACCAACAUCGGCAUGAGUGACCCGAUGGCGACGCAGAUCAUGGACGACAACGCGGUCAACCUGCAGAUAUUUGGAUUGCUUGCCGGCGACUACUCUCUGCAGGGAGAUACGAUGGCGAACCAGGCCAGCUCGGGCAAUCAACGCUUCUCCGCCUACGGGCUUCCGGGCCAGAGCAUCGACAUGAUCUCCCCGCUGACCGAUUCCCUGGGGCCGUUCGACAUACCCGAUGACGACUACGGCGGCCUAGGCACGCCGGGGGCCGGGAUGACGGGCGAUGCCUGGGAGAGCUUUGUCGACUUCGGCGCGGAGCACUAG